AUGGAUCAACUGCCCGUUCUGCCACCACAUAGCGAAGACGAAGGUCGAGAAAGAGGAUUCUGGGACGACAGCCCUCGUCGGCGGCCUCCUGUGCCUCGUCUGCAUCUGCCUCGCAUGUCUGCCGUGCAUGCUCGGCUGGGCGAACAACAUCGAUCACAAGUGUGGCGCUUGCGGCAAGCCGCUCACGCACAAGCAUCACGACGGCGAGACGCAGGUGGUGGAAGCGGCGAGGGCUGCGGAGGCUGGGCAGAUGGGGCAGGAGGGACAGGCGCCGGUGCAGUAUCAGCAGCCGCAGGUUCCGCAGGCGGUUGUGCAUACGGAGAGGGAUAA